AUGUCGACCUCGCAAAUGAUAGCUCGAUUGCGGCCGUUUGGCAUUAACUUUGACAAAAGUUUGGAGGAUCUUAUCAAAGGAAUUAGAGCCAAUGGUAAUAAUCCUGAGAAAUUGGCAGCAUUCCUAGACAGUUCCAUCCAAGAAUGUAAGAACGAAUUGAAGACUUCUGAUAUCGAACAAAAGUCAAUGGCCAUCUUGAAACUUACCUACUUGGAAAUGUACGGCUUUGAUAUGAGCUGGUGCUCAUUCUAUAUCCUUGAGGUUCUCUCGUCUUCAAAGUUUCAACACAAGAGGAUUGGGUACUUGGCUGCCAUUCAGAUCAUGCAAAGACAAAACAAUGACGACGCGUUGAUGCUUAUGACCAAUCAACUAAAAAAGGACCUCAAUUCAUCCCAUUCCGUCGAAUGUGGGUUGGCAAUUGGCUGCAUAGCCUCCAUAGUAACGACUGAGUUGGCCCAUGAUAUAUGCGAUGAUUUGGCUAAGAUGCUAAAUCACUCGAAGCCUUUAAUAAGGAAGCGGGCAGUAUUGGCGAUGUACAAGGUGUCUCUAAAGUAUCCGGAGGCGCUAAGGAUGUAUUUUGAUCAAUUAGUGGACAAGUUGGACGAUACUGACAACUCUGUAGUAUCUGCCACCGUCAACGUCAUCUGUGAGUUAGCACAUGCAAACCCUAAAAACUACAUAGAAUUGACUCCAAAAUUGUACGGAUUGAUGAAGGAUACAAAUAAUAACUGGAUGUGCAUCCGUUUGUUGAAGUUGUUCUCCUCGUUAUCCCUUGUGGAGCCUAGAUUAAAGCAUAAACUGCUACCAGAGAUUGUGGAUCUCAUGUGUACCACCGAUGCGCUUUCGUUGGUGUACGAGUGCAUCAAUGCCAUUCUUAACGGUAAUAUGCUUGGAGAAGAAGAUGUCAAGGUGGCAGAGCUGAUUGUCAACAAGCUUUUGGGAUUCUUUAAAAGCGACGACCAGAACCUAAAAUACGUUUGCCUUUUGGCAUUCAUUAAAACCUGCCGAAUCCACAAAGAACUAAUAAAAAAGCACGACAAAAUCUUACUUUCAUGUCUUUAUGAUGUCGAUUUGACCAUCAGAGAGACAUCUCUUGAGAUAGUUAACUAUCUAGUGUCAGAAAAGAAUAUCAUCACUAUCGUGACAAGACUUCUUCUUCAGCUUAUUCCGUACAGUGAACAACAGAAAAGAUUGAAAGACAUCAAUAACAUUUCAGAGGAGGAUAGAGAGAACUUAUUCCUCACCGAAAUACAGCAACCUGUUGUUGUGUCUAAUACCUACAAGUUUCGAGUCAUAGAAAAGAUUCUUGAAGUUUGUUGUCUAGAUAAUUACAACAAUAUUCCAAACUUCCAUUGGUAUAUGGGCGUUCUUAGAGAUAUCAUCAAGUUGAAUACAGAAAACGAGAUAUCUAAAGUGGAUGAGAUAGUCACUGAGCAAUUCAUAGACAUGAGUAUACGAGUCCCAAGCAUUAGACCAUACCUGAUCGAGACAUGCUUGGAGCUAUGCAUUUUCCCCGUGAAAACGGAUGAGGAAUUAUUAAUGUUCCGUCAAGGGUUGUCAAGAUGCAUUUGGAUCAUUGGCGAAUACUAUGAGGAUUACUGGACCUUUUCGGAUAGUGGGAAGGAGGAAGAGGAAAAUGAAGAGGAUGACGAUUCACAGAAGCUCACAAUUCCAUUCAUUAUCUCAGAGAUCUCUAAACAGGAUAUUUUGAUGAGACUAGCUGAGGACGAGUCCAAUACCACGGUGGCCAAAUAUACAGAAACUGUGGCCAAGCUGUUCAGCAAAUACUGUAAUAUUCUUGGUAUUUACUGGAGCAGGACUGACUUUGAAUCAGCGUCUCAACUAUGUGAGAAUGUGAUUGAAUGGCUGGAGAAGUUCCGUACUUGUACUAACUUUGAAGCUCAGGAGAGAGCUGUUUCAUUUAUAGAGAUGCUCAAACUUGCUUUGGAUGCUAUUUCUACGGACAUGGAGAAGAUGGGUGAUUCUACUUCAGCUGAGACCCCUAAAUUUCUUACUGAAGGUUACAAUCAAAUGUUUGAAAUUGCACAGAUCAAACCUAUUUCGAAGACUAUGCAGCAGCGCAUCUUAGUUCCAUCGGACUUAGAUUUAUCGAGUGCCGUAGACGAAGAAGCGAUGUCGCAGUUUGCUUAUUUAUUAGAGAAGAUCCAGCAAGAAGACGCCCAAUUAGAAGACAUUAUAGAGGAAGAGGAGGAGAGUGAUGAAGAAGGUGGGAUUGUCACGGAUGAGUCUUAUAGAGAUGAGUCGUUAGGCAGCGAUGCCUCCGUUAAUGAUGAAAAGGAGGCUAUUGAGGAAGAUCACAGAAGAAAAGAGAGAGAAGAAAGAAUGAAGGACGAUCCAUAUUAUAUUACAGAGGGAAAGGAACUGACAAUUGGGCCGGAUCAACCGGCAAAGAUCGAUGUCAGGACGGCUAAAAAGAAUACAAAGCCAAGGAAAAUUAGAAGGGAGAAGGUGCUUGUUUUGGAAGAGGAAGACAGCGGGAUUAACGAUGCUCGCAUUAACAUCGCAGUGCCCGAGACUGCAGGAUCGAAAAAGAGACCUAAGCAGAGUAAAUUCAUGGUCGACUCGUCAAAUUUAGAGAAGGUGGACCUUCAUGCCGAGCCAGAGUCGACUCCUGAGAGUGUUGGAUUCGAGUCAUACGAGAUCGAGCAAGAGGUGGAAGAGCUGAGAAAAGAGUUCGAGAAGACAUCCUCGCAUACCUCGGUUGUUGCACCUUCUGCACCAACCGCUGCAGGCAAAAACGACAAAGUUACAGUGACGAGAAAGAAGCCGAAGAAGAGAAAAGUGAAGAGGACUGUUCCUGUAAUUCGUGACGAUUCAUAA